UGCUUUUCAUCACUAAUGAGAGCAAUUCUAGAAAGACCUAUAUAGUACAUUGCCAAGACUGUGCACGAAAAACAAACGGGAAUCUCGAAAAUUUUGUGGUGCUAGAACAGUACAGAAUGGAGGACUUGAUGCAAGUCUAUGACCAAUUUACAUUAGCUCCUCCAUUACCAUCCUCCUCAUCUUGACAUUGUUCCAUGGACAUUAAAUGAGAACUUUUCUGAUAUUCAGGAAGUGACCCAGUUCUGCACCACUGGUUUUUGUAGCUAUCCCGUAAGGCUGCUGACUGAAAGCUGUGUCUAUGCAACCUUCCAAGUGCGGAGUGUCAACCAACUGGACAGGAGAGAGCACUGCUCCUACUCCAGAACUCAAAAUAAAGCUGAACCAGCUAUACUUCAAAAAAAAAUUUCCACGUUUUGUAUAUAUCUGACAAAACUGGCAACAUUAUACAGACUACUGACUUGAAGACCACCUCUUUUAUAUUUCUCUGUUUCUGGGCUGAUGACUUGGUUUCAUCCAUUUCCUUACUCCCUUACCCUUCACCACCUCCAGAAUUUUCCUUGGAAAAAGUACUAGCCUAGCUGGUCAUUUCUUUGUAAGGUAGUUAGAAAUUUUAAGUCUUUCUUUGGACAACAAUUUUUUUUUUUAAUGUGAAAAGUUAGGUGAUAAAAUUUUUUUACUUUUAUGUUUUUCUGUCUUGUUUUAAAACCAUGACGGUUAUACUUUUGGUUCCUAAAUAAAACUUUAAAAAAAUUAACAGCCAAGUCACAAAGAUAAUGGGUUGCACAUAGACUAAGGAAUAAAUUUCAGAUUUGUGAUUUUUGUUUCUAAUCUUGAUGUAAAUUUACACUAUUUAUAAAUACAUAUUUAUUGCUUGAAAAUAUUUGUGAAUGGAAUGCUGUUAUUUUUUCCAGAUUACCUGCCAUUGAAAUUUUAAGGAGUGCUGUCAUUUCAAACACUACUCCUAUUACAUUUUCUAUAUGUAAAUAAAACUGCUUAGCAUUGUACAGAAACUUUUAUUAAAAUUGUUUAAUGUUUAAAGAGU